UGAAGGCAUCGCUGUUUCUUUUUUCAUCCGAUCGCGUCACGUAGAAUGAAAACAAAACCCCAAAACCGCCGUUUCUUCGAAACCCAACCACCACCUUCACAAUCCUCAUUUCAUUGCCCAACCGCCAAAAAGCCUCCAUGGAUAGAGUAGCACCAUUCCAACGCUACUUUACUCUCUCCCAGAGUCAAAACCCUAUAAAACCCAAAAAAGUUUCACCUGCUUCUGUAGCUCUUGGCCCCGCACUCAUCUCUCCUGCAACCCAACUCUCUAAUUUAUCACUGUCGUACUCUUGGUCACAUCUCUCUCCUUCCCCUGCUUUUCACUUCUCCGAUGACUUAAAAGAGGUCAACAGUUUGGAGUCAGUUAAAGUUUUGCAUGCCAGGUUGCUUAAAAUGAGUAAUAGUUGGAGUUCAGAUUCUAUGACUAAGAGUUUGAUAUCGAGUUAUGUGAAAUUCAACGAUUUCAGAGCCGCUACGACGAUUUUCUUCGUAGGUUUCGCUCGGAACUAUGUUUUCUGGAGUUCUUUCUUGGACGAGCUUCAAAGUUGUGGGGGACAGACACGUAGAGUACUUGAGGUUUUUGGUGAACUAUGUGGUAAAGGAGUGGUUUUUGAUAGUAAAGUUCUUACUUUGGUUCUGAAGAUGUGUGCUAGUUUGAUGGAUCCAUGGCUAGGAUUGCAGAUUCAUGCUGAUUUGGUCAAGAAAGGUUUCGAUUUGGAUGUGCAUUUGAAGUGUGCAUUGAUGAAUUUUUAUGGGAGGUGUUGGGAUCUGGAGAGUGCCAAUCAAGUUUUUAAUGAAAUGGUGGAAAAGAAAGAGCUUGCCUGGAAUGAAGUUAUCAUGUUAAACUUGAGGAAUGAGAGAUGGGAGAAGGCUAUGGAGUUGUUCAGGGGAAUGCAGUUUUCUUGUGCUAAAGCGUAUGCUAGUACCGUUGCAAAAUUGCUGCAUUGCUGUAGCAAAGUGGGAGCUCUCGAGGAAGGAAAGCAAAUUCAUGGGUACGUACUAAAAUUUGCAUUAGAAUCAGAUUUAUUGGUAAGCAAUUCCUUAAUCAAUAUGUACUCAAGAAAUAAUAGACUGGAACUUGCUAGGAGAGUUUUUGGUUUGAUGCAAGAUCAUAACCUAUCUUCUUGGAAUUCUAUAAUUUCGGCUUAUGCUACCCAUGGCUAUUUGAAUGAUGCUUGGAAUUUAUUGAAGGAAAUGGAAUCAUCUGAUGUAAAACAUGAUAUAAUAACCUGGAACUGCCUUUUGUCUGGCCAUGCCCUUCAUGGAUCUCAUAAAGCAGUCCUGAAAAUUUUUCGGAGAAUGCAGGUAGUUGGUUUCAGGCCAAAUUCAAGCUCUAUCACCAGUGUUCUUCAAGCUGUCAUUGAAUUGGGAAUAUUGAAAUUUGGGAGAGAAAUUCAUGGUUAUGUUAUAAGAAAUGAGUUGGAUUAUGAUGCAUAUGUGGUAACUUCAUUGCUAGACAUGUAUGUGAAGCAUAAUGAUCUAGGAAAAGCUCAGGCAGUUUUUAGUUGCAUGAAAAGUAAAAGAAAUAUUGUUGCUUGGAACACGUUAAUAUCUGGAUAUUCGUUCAAGGGCCUUUUUGACGAUGCUAGGAAAUUAAUGAAUGAGAUGGAAGAGGAAGGGAUAACGCCAGACCUGGUAACAUGGAAUAGUUUGAUUUCAGGAUAUUCCAUGUGGGGGCAAGGUGAUGAAGCUUUGGGCCUGAUUCAUCAAGUAAAGAGUUCAGGAAUGAGUCCCAAUGUGGUAUCUUGGACUGCUCUGGUCUCAGGCAGUUCACAAAAUGGAAGCUAUAGGGAGUCUCUUGAAUUCUUCAGCCAAAUGCAACGAGAGGGUAUCAGGCCCAACUCUGUCACCUUAUCCAGCUUACUUCGAAACUGUGGAGGGCUAUCUCUUUUACAGAAAGGCAAAGAGAUACACAGCUUUAGCAUUAAAAAUGGUUUUAUUGAAGAUGUCUUUGUAGCUACUGCACUUAUAGACAUGUACUGUAAGUCCGGCAAUUUGAAAGCUGCUUAUGAGGUUUUCGAGAGGAUUGAGAAUAAAACGUUGGCCACCUGGAAUUGUCUGAUUAUGGGGUUUGCAAUCUAUGGUCUUGGUAAAGAGGUGGUCUCACUCUUUGAGCAGAUGCUUGGGGCAGACAUAAUUCCAGAUGCCAUAACAUUCACAGCUGUACUCUCUGGUUGUAAGAAUUCAGGUUUAGUUAAUGAAGGAUGGAAAUAUUUUGAUAGUAUGAGCUCUGACUAUGGGAUAAUACCAACAAUUGAACAUUAUUCUUGCAUGGUAGAUCUUCUUGGAAGAGCUGGAUACCUUGAUGAAGCUUGGGAUUUCAUGCAAAGUAUGCCAUUGAAACCAGAUGCUACCAUUUGGGGUGCUCUUCUUGGAUCCUGCCGUAUCCAUAAGAACAUCCAACUGGCAGAGAUUGCAUCAAAGAAACUUUUCGAGUUAGAACCAUAUAACUCUGCAAAUUAUGUUUUGAUGUUGAAUCUAUAUGCCAUGUUUGACAGAUGGGGGGAUGUCGAAUGUAUCAAAGAUUUGAUGAGUGAUAUAGGGGUGAAAAAUGGGCAAGUUUGGAGCUGGGUUGAAAUUGAUCAGAUAAUUCAUGUAUUCUGUGCAGGAGAGAACCAUCCAGAUGAAGGGGAGAUAUAUUAUGAGUUGUACCAUCUGGUUUCUGAAAUGAAGAAGCUUGGGUAUAAGCCUGAUGUCAAGUGUGUUUAUCAAAAUAUUGAUGACAGUGAAAAGGAGAAGGUGCUACUGAGUCACACAGAGAAAUUGGCCAUAACUUAUGGACUAAUCAAGUCAAGAAGCAUUACACCUAUCAGGGUAAUCAAGAACUCAAGGAUUUGCCCUGACUGCCAUACUGCAGCUAAAUACAUGUCAUUGGUUAAGAAUCGAGAGAUUUUCCUACGGGAUGGUAGUCGGUUUCACCAUUUCAGUGAAGGGAAGUGUUCCUGCAAUGAUUGUUGGUAACGACAGGUGCUGUUAUGGCUUUCACCAUUUCAGAAGGCACUAUCUUAAGUUAUGGGAUGAGGUGUCUGCAUAGCGUUUAAAGAGCUAUCUCUUAACUUCAAAACAUACUUUGAAUCAAUCAAUUUUGAGUUUGAGAGCUCUAGUUAUGAUCGUUCUCUUGAAGACGGUGUGAGCGGAAUUUUUGGACCGGAUUAUUAUGGGGAAUUACGUGUUUCGGUUUCGGUUUGUAUAUAUUAAAUUUUAUUAUUUAUUUAUUUCGAAUUUUAGGAUGUUUUUAAGUAUUUAAAAUUGUUUAAGAGUUUUAUGUUUCUUAAUCAACAAGAAAGUUUAAUUCUA